AUGAAUAAGUCAUCAUCAUCCCACAUUCCACUACCAAUACAAAGUUUUUUAUUUUCUCAGACAUGUUCCUUUUUACAGAAGCCGGCUGCAAGAGAUGGAGUAUGCACUACUUUUGAGAAGGUUGUAGUUCAAAAUAUACUGCAUGGUCGGUCCAUAGUAUUAUGUGAGGCGAUACAGUCAAUCAGUAGGUGGAAAUUCGUUAAGGCUGCAUUUCCCCAUGUGUUACAUUGUGGUGCUGUAAUGCUUCGAGAAAAGUUACGUGACAAGUCUGUUGCAGAUCAACAACACCAAAAACACGGAGCAGCAAAUAACAGUGAAUUGUCACAUGAUAGAACACAACUGAACUUUAGUCAAACAGAAACUAAACUUCUGUAUACACUUCACUGGAUUCUGCUAGAUGCUGCUUCUGAGUGUGAAGAUGCAGAGAUAGAGGCUUCUAAUCAUCCAGCUUCCAAACUAAAAGGUUCAACAGAUUAUUAUGUUCACGACUUAGCAUCACUUCAGCUAUUUAUUUAUCUGUAUGCUCCAAUUAUUGAACAACUAAAGCCAACUGAUUUCGAUACACUGAAGCUCGAGGCCGGAUUACACCUGUGGAUUCCACUUAUGGAAUACUGUCAACCAAACCGUGGUACAUUAUCAUCACCUGUGAAAAUUUUUCUACAUGGUUCCAGCCUUUUUACUCGAUCGGCCGUCGUGAAUACCGAUGAAAGAGAUGGCAUAAAAACGGGAUCUAUCUUAAAUGAUAUCAAUAAAAGAAAAUCAUUUAGUGAGGGGACUGCUGGAGAAAUGUCUUCCAAUGUCUACAUUGGUAAUACAUCAGAUAAAAGUUCAGAAAUCGACUAUAAAUCCCCGUCAGCUGUUAAACCAUUUGAAGUUUUGGUUGAUAGUGCUUCAAUUCCACAUGUCGAAGCUAAUUCAGAUGGAUCAGAGAGCAGUGGAUUAAAUGUUUCGAACUCCGGUCAAAAUACUCGCAAUUAUGCAGUUAACUCUACCGAACAGAUCAAGAGCUUACAACCUCCGAAAGCUACACCUGAGUGUAUAGAUGAUGAAGAAGAGUUUAGCGAAAAACCUGUCUCACAGAACACAACGACUGCUGAAGCAACACGAACAACGGAAACAACAUCUCAAUCAGGUGAACAGAAAUCUGAGCAAGAACAUACAGCCGCAGGUUAUGACAGGAUUCAAAAAUUCCUAAACUCUUUUGAGGAUCCAUAUAAGCAAUUAUCUGAAAAGUUAAAGUAUUCGACAAUCGAUAAUGAAUAUAUUCAACCGGCUGUUGGAUCUAACUGUCUGCUGGCAACACACUGUGAUUUAGCUGUGAUACGGUGUUUAUAUUGUUCUGAAUGGUGUGAAUCUGGUAUCUACUGGUCACUUUGCUACUUAUUCAAUCGUCUGUUACAAAUUCGUUCAGAAUGGCUGAGAAUUAAGCCUAACAAUCGUAAAUUAUUCAAGCUUCGUAGAGGAAAUCUACCAUUUGAUCGGUUAUGUAAAUGGACCCCAGGAAUAUGGUCAUCAACAUCAUCGCACCAAGCAAGAAUAAAUCAAAUCACUGGUGAUAUGGUGAGGGAAAUACGAUGUUUGUCAUUGCCAAAUCUAUCGUCAAAGUGCACGUUGAGUACUUCUCAGUACAAUACCAAUGAACAGUUGAAUAAAGAAUGUAAUAAUAAAACUGAUGAAGCCAGUCCACAGAAAUAUCUAACACCUCAUGAGCAGAUUUGUGAAGUUCAAUCCAACAGUACUGGCAGUGUUAUUCAACCCUCAAUCGGGAGUAGUGAAAGUACUCCUCCCUUUCCUAAGCAUUCUUCCAAACCAAGUCAUUUAGAUGAGUCAUUGAAUCAAAAAGGUAUAUCAAGUAUAGUAGGAUCAUCUGCAUCCAUCUUAAACAUGGAUAGAUCUGAUAUAAGUCUUAUGAAAUUGGAUUAUUUGAAAGAAAAGGAUCUCAAAGACGAACAACAGCAGCUUAGUCCAAAUUUGUUACCGACGGAUAUUGGUCUUGGUGAUCCAUCAUUCACACUAGCCUUACCGACUGUUAGUUUUGGAGGUCAACAACAACAAAUCCAGCAGCAUCAGCAACCUGCCUGGAGAGGUUCAAAACGAUCAAGAAUUGCUGACAUCAAGGAACGUUUUACCCGAGCGUCGAAGUUCAAGUCAGGCGAUGUAAAUAUGAAAUUUCAACCUUUAUCUGCUAUAGAAGGAUCAGAAUGUAAUGAAUCACCUACCUCGACUACAGAAGGACAAAUAUUUCACGCACAGAGUAAACGAUCUAUUCAAUCAGGAGGAGAAAAGUUACGAUUUUUGCCGAGUUCGAGUACAAGUGAAAAGCCAUUUCAAGGUUUCGAAACAACAAACAAUGAAACUGAUGGUAGUCGACCCGAUCAAAAUGCUUCAGCUAAUUCACCACCUAGUCUAAAACUCGGUUUACCACCUUGCAUGCCGUCAAUAGCAGUAGCCAGUAAAACGCCAGAUAAUACCGGUAUCAACUCAGUUGAUGAUCACAUAUUCCCUGCAGUACUUCCUCGCAGUUUAACGGAUUCGGAUAUAAUUUAUCAUAGCUCGGAAAAGAUAGAGGAAGUCCCCGGUGCUGCAUACUACAUCACACCUAAUGGUCACUUGGAUUAUUCUGUUUUGCUCAGAAGUCUUUACUGGUGCAGUACUAUGCAUACGUCAAGCCGAGUGUGUUUCCAUUUGGUUCGGUGUUUGAGUGUUCUAUUUAGCUUGGGGAUUUUCGAUGUCAAAUCCAAUCUCUAUACCCUGAAAAAUGUCUCCUUUGAAAAGCCUGCCCAACUGAGACGGUUUCGAAAGAAAAACCACUUUGAAAGACAUAAAUUCUCCAAAGCUUCAAAAACACCUAUUCUUAAUAAACUUGUGGUGAGAGAAAACCGUAACAGCUCAAAUCCUAACGGUCGAGGAGGAUAUGACAGUUCAGCAUCUCAUUCCAGUGGAAAAGUGAAACGACGUGAUUCAUCUGUAGGAUUCUUGUUCACAAAUCUAAGUUCAUCCAGGGCCUCUGUUGGAAUCUGCAGUGAGUCAUACGGAAGUGAGACUGGUGAAGAUGCAGAUACAGAUGUAGGAGGAAGGAAACAGGUGUUUAGUAAAAACGAUAACGAGUCGCUUAUAAGUGAGGAUGAUUUCAUGAUUCCAUCUAACUUGAAAAUUAACAGUCCACUUGGAAGUCCCGAGUCAUCCUUAGACCUUGACAAAGAUUUAUUCUCUGCUCCACGUCGAGUUACAUCACAAGGGAAUAUUGAAUUCAAACUACGAAAUAAUGAUAGAUUUUCAGAUGAAAAGCUAAUGUCUAGAAGCACACGCAGAACAAAAUCUCGAGGUCAUUUCAGACAGUCAGCGUGUUGCGAUACAACUAACCAGCUUGUCCGUAUGAACUUUACAUUGGCAGCUGAAAUGUUGAUGAGAAUUAUUCGUGCAACAGGGUGUAGACACGGGCAUAGUAAUUCUCCGAAUUCCGCCAGUCAUCAUUUCCAUCAACAGCAACCGGUACAUAAGUUUGAAAAUUCCUCUGAACAGACCCAACAAGGUCAGCUGGAUCCAAGCGUACAAUUUCGAUUGCUCACACAUGAUUGCUUAAUUUACUUGCAUGACUUAAAUCCAUAUUUGUUUAAACGUGUCAUGACCAGAAUUGUAUCUUCUAGUACAGUUGCUGAUUUAAUUGAAAUGCUUCAUUCAUUCACUGGUUUUUGUUUAGAUCCAGUGACACGCCAGUAUGAACGCUCAGAUCAUAACAGGAAGUCUUACUUAAACUAUGGAAAUAGUUUUGGGCAGAGUGAAGCCGGUCAAGAUACACGUGGUGCUGAGGGUUUAGUAUUAUCCUACUUAUUUGGUCCAUUUGUUAGAAGACUAGUUAGGUGUCGACGUGAAUUAAGCAGUCAAGAAAAUGUUUCACUGUUUUCCGACAUACGGCAACUAUUCACAUAUAUACGUGAAAUUCACGGAAGUACAUUUCGAAAAAAUAUGCUAGUUGCUUUGCUUUGUCCAAUUCAAAGGAUAUGCGAAAUAUCUUUGCCGAAAAUUUCAACACCACUGCCAAGAAUGUCAGCGAGAAAUUCGAUGUGGCUGUUGCCUCGACAGGAUAAGCGACGUUCAACGUUUAAUGUUUUCAUUGAUCCUUUGGCCGAAACAGAGAGUUUAUCAGGUGGUCACAAAGAAAGCGGAGGCCAUGCAUUAGUAUGA